AUGCUGAGGAGCUGCGCCGCGCGCCUGCGCACGCUUGCGGUCCUGCGUGGCCCGCCAGGAGGCGCGUGCUUGUCUGUGAGUGACUCGGGGAAACGGGAUGGGGUCCGGUGUGAUAGGCACCUGCCUGCGAGUGGCCGGGGAAAGCGGGAUGCGUCCGGGAUGCGACGCGCCUGCCUACGAGUAACCGGGAGAAGCGAGGGUGGGCCCGGGGUGCGGAGAGCCCGCCUGCGAGUGACUGAGAAAAGUGGGGCUGAGGGGACCAGGAGGUCAUUUUCUUCUGAAGAAGCCACUCAGAAGGACCAGGCUCUCCCUAACCCCAGCUGGAGCAAGGAAAUUAGACUCCUCUUUGACCAGUUCAUGAAGAAAUGUGAAGAUGGCACCUGGAAACGUUUCCCUUCUCAUCAUUCACGCCUUCCAAGAGUUUAUUGCGGCUCAAUGUCUACAAAAGAAGAACUAAUGUCACAGGCCAGGCUCUUCACCAGAAGCUUUGAAGAGGGCCUGGGCUUUGAAUAUGUGAUGUUCUACAAUGAGGAUGAGAAAAGAGUGGUCUGCUUGUUUCAAGGAGGUCCCUACCUACAAGGAGGACCUGGCUUUCUACACGGAGGUGCCAUGGCGACCCUGAUUGAUGCUACUCUUUUUAUGAAUGCUCAAUUAGCCGGAGGGAUUGUCAUGACUGCCAAUCUCAACAUCAAUUUUAAAAGGGCACCCAGCUCCACUGCAACCUCCUACCAAGAGGCCAUUCCAUGA